AUGGCUGUAAAGCUCUCGUCUCUGACAUGGUCCAAUAGGAUCCCCAAAUGGGUUCUUUUUCGUGCCUAUGUUUCCCCAAUUCCAUGUGCAAAUCACGUCCAGCUUACCCCAGAAUACGAUCACAACCCACCGAACGAAUCUGAAUUUGAAGCAAAGAUCCAAUUUUUGAGAAACCAGCUUAGCCCUGACAGAUUAGUUCGAGUUCUGGAUUCGACCCGUGAUUUGGACUCUUCAUUGAAGUUGUUCAAAUGGGCUUCUACCCAGAAACGGUUUCAGCACACAGCUGAAACCUAUUUCCAGAUGAUCUCGAAGUUGGGUAUGGCGGGAAGUGUGGAGGAAAUGGAAGGCUUUUGCAGUGAGAUGGCGAAGGAGAGAUGUCCCGGGACAGACGAAGCGGUCGUGGCAUUGAUCGAUCUGUUUGUUGAACAUGGGAGGCUCACUGAGGCUUUAGGGGUUCUUGGGACCAUGAAUUGGAGUGGUUAUAAGCCUUCAAUUUUAGUGUUUAACGGUUUGAUGGGUGCCCUAGUGAAGGGAAAGAGAGGUUUUGGAAAUGUCUUGUUUGUUUACAAGGAGAUGGUGAAGGCAGGUAUUGUUCCUACGACUGACACCUUGAAUUAUUUGUUGGAGGCUCUGUUGCAGGCUGAUCGAGUUGAUACUGCUUUGGACCAGUACAGAAGAAUGAACAAGAAAGGAUGUGUUCCAAGUAGCAAGACCUUUGAGAUUCUUGUAAGUGGGCUUGUUGACAGAAAUCGAGUGGAUGAAUCGGUUGAUGUUCUAAAUGAGAUGCUUGAGCUCAAGAUUGAACCAAGUUUGAGUUUCUUUAACACUAUCAUACCCAUAUUCUGUAGGUUAAACAAUCUAGAGGUAGGAAUGAGGCUAUUUGAGAUGAUGAAAGCCUCUAAGCUUUCACCAGAUUCUCAACUCUCUGGUGUUUUAAUACAAUGUUUGUGUGGGAAUCAUCGUGUAGAUGAUGCGAUAAACCUUGUUGAAGAGAUGAGUAAUUGCAGUUUAACACCAACCGAUGAUAUGUUGGUGAACAUAGUUAAUAGUCUUUGUGCAUCGGGACAUCUUGACGAGGCUACAGAGUUUUUGAAGGAUAAACAUAUUUUGGGUCGUCGUCCACACAAUGCUCUGCUUCGUGGGUAUUGUACUGCCAGUAACUUUGUUGCAGCAGUGGUUCUAUUUACUAGCAUGUUAGAGAGGAAUAUAGCUGAUACUUCUUCUUGGAACAUUCUCAUCAGAUGGCUGUCUGAGAAUGUGAGGAUUAGUAAAGCAUUGGAAUUUCUCUGUAGAAUGAUUGUUUCUUCAUAUGUCCCUGACUGUGCAACCUACUCUGCCCUCAUUGUUGGUAACUGUAGACUCAACAAUUUCGAGGACUCACUACGGCUGCUUCGUCAAGUUUGUGCCAAUUCUUGGCUUUUGGAUUCCACAUCUUAUGCUGAGCUAGUUGAAUGCCUGUGCAGGAGAGAGAUGCUACAAGAGGCCACUGAAGUCUUUAGCCAUAUGUCUAACAACAGGUGCAGCCUCCCUUUGCCCUCAUUCAACAUGUUGCUUAGGGGACUUCGUGAAAAUGGAAAUGUUGAUGGAGCAAUCAGGCUCUUACCAUUGGCUUACUAUUCGGGUACUUCCUGUUCUACUCUAACUUACAAUGUUUUGAUGCUCGGUAUAUCAAAGUCGGGGAAAGCAAACGAUAUGCUAGUAGUUUUGGCUAGAAUGCUGGUCGAGGGGUGUACUCUUGAUGGUGAAACAUACGGUCUACUAAUAGCAGGCAUGAUUUCUCACCGCCGAAUCAAGGAUUGCAUUCUCUUUUUCAAUUCAAUGGCCAGGGAGGGGUCAUGGCCUGAUUCAGAUGUACUGGCCAAUCUUAUAUCAUACUUGGCCGAGCUCUCUCAGCUCCAUACAGUUUUGUUUGCCAUCGAUAGGCUCCUACAACACAAUCAAAUUCUUAAUCCAACAAUGUACAGGAUACUGAUCAAUGGUCUUUGGAAAGAAGGAUACAGAAGUGAGGCGAGUCGAGUAUUAGACAUGAUGUUGGAAAAGGGUUGGAUCCCGGAUUCUACCACUCAUGGACUGCUGAUGGGCUCUGUCCCCUCCCGGGAGAGAGUGGGACUCAAGGUAGCAGACAAUGAAGGCAUAGACACGCAAGACAAGGUAAGCAGCAUACUUGCUGAAGGAUUGGGGGGAGAGACUGACUUAGAGUAA